GCAGGAUUGCUUGCAGUUUCUCCGGCUUCACUCCUGGUGUCACUAAUUACCUGCAACGCAAUCUCUUGCAGAGGAGAGGGCUGAGUAAAACUGGCUGGCAGUGAUCUAAAUGCAGGGGCCAGAGCAGUGAGUGCAUGGGGCUUACUGCCUUUGUGUCUGUUAUCAGCAGAACCCUGAUACACAACAGCAGCCACCACAAACGCUUAUUCAUGCAGCAAAAUGGAAUCUAUAGCUAAAAAGAACAAGGGUCAAGACAAUGUGCAGUAUCAAGAAGAGGAAGAAGAAGUGGACCCCAGAAUACAGGGGGAACUGGAGAAGCUUAAUCAGUCCACAGAUGACAUCAACAAAAGAGAAAUUGAACUUGAGGAUGCCCGGCAGAAGUUCCGCUCUGUGCUGACAGAAGCUACCCUGAAAUUAGAUGAAAUGCUAAAGAAAAUUGGCAAAGCUGUGGAGGAGUCAAAGCCUUACUGGGAGGCCCGUAAAGUAGCCAGACAGGCUCAGCUAGAGGCGCAGAGGGCCACCCAGGAUUUCCAGCGUGCCACUGAGGUGUUGCGUGCAGCAAAGGAGACCAUAUCACUAGCGGAGCAGAGGCUACUGGAAGAUGACAACCGCCAAUUUGAUUCUGCAUGGCAGGAAAUGCUGAAUCAUGCAACACAGCGGGUUAUGGAGGAAGAACAGAAGAAGACGAGGAGUGAGCUUGUGCACAAGGAAACAGCUGCUAAAUACAAUGCUGCAAUCAGUAGAAUGAAACAGCUGGAGAAGAAGCUAAAGAGGACCAUAAACAAGUCAAAGCCAUAUUUUGAACUUAAGGCGAAGUAUUACUUGCAGCUAGAGCAACUGAAAAAGACUGUGGAUGAGCUUCAUGUUAAGUUGUCUUUAGCAAAAGGAGAGUACAAGGCUGCACUGAAAAACCUAGAGAUGAUCUCUGAUGAGAUUCAUGAGAAGAGACGUUCUUCAACCAUGGGUCCCAGGGGGCGGGGAGUAGGUGCUGAAGGCAGCAGUUCAGUGGAAGAUCUCUCCGCUUGCAAACUGGACUCUGAUACCAUAUCUAUGACAUCGGAAGUGUUUGACGAUGACAACCUCAGCAGCCUGAUCUCUGAAGAAGAUUCGGAAACCCAGUCUUUGUCCAGUUUUAGCUCCGCUCCAACAAGCCCUUCUGAAAUUCCCAGCCCUUUCCCCCCUGCUCCUCGUCCUGGGAGUCUGGAUUUGUCAAGCCCCCUAUCCCUUUCGGACUUCGGUAUGAUAUCGCCAAUCUUGGGACCUCGAAGUGAGUGCAGUGGUGCAUCUUCGCCAGAAUGUGAUGAAAGGGGGAACAGAGCAGAAGGCUCAGAAAGCAAAACCCAGGACAGAAUAAACAAUAACAGCAACAGCAAUAGCAGAAAUCCUUUGCCAGCACUGAACAACAAAAUUAAGCAACUCUCCUUGGAGUGCACAGAUAAUGAUCCCAACACCGAGAGGAAGAAGUGCAAGAGAUCGCAGUCCCUGGCUUCAGCUGUUCUCGUCAACGCCGUGUGAGCACCUUGACAUAUGGAUUACAGAGUAGACUAUCUGUGCCAACAACCUCUAAUCAGCACAUGCUGACUUCUGCGUACUGCUGGGACUUAACCUCAUUUCAGCCGAAGGCUCUUAGCAUGAGAUACUGUUAUGAAGGAAGUACAGAUGGCGUUUCCAGUAGGCAGCCGCUCUGCCUUUUGCCGUUAUCCUCAUUCACUGUACAUCCAUGGUUUUAGAGAUAAAGUGCAGUACAGCCAUCACCAGAGCAAUAAAUUAUAGCAAACCAUGAGUCUGUGCCAAAAGGACUUCAUUUCUGAGAUAAACUUUUUGUCAUGAGGAUAUCUAUUCCUUAUGUGUUUUGCUAAAUAUGUCUUUAAUCCUUUGUGGUAGAGCAGAGAUAUAAGUUACACUCCUUAUGGAUAUGAGACUGAUGCCGAAGCUUAAGAUAGUGUGGAUAUUUUGUACGAUGAGGCUCCUACAGCAUUAGGAGCAGCUAUAGUGCUAUGCAGCGUUCAGCUAUAAAGUAGAUUGGAAAACACACUAGCUUUUAGGUACCUAGUUUUGUCACUGUGCAUCAGCCUAUAAAAAAAAUACAUGCUCACACAUUCAGUAUUUGCACAUGAAACGUAUGACAUUUUUGAAAAUAUUUAAUAACCGUGAAGAAAGGGAAAAAGACUGUUCACAAUACUCAUGUUUGUCCUAAGGCCAAUGUCGGAGACGCACGUGUUUUUCUUUUUUUUAAAGUAGGAUCUUAUUCAUAUAUUGUCAUUGAUCCUUUAAAUGCCAAGAAGAGAAGGUUCCUUUUCACUCAAAGCCAUGCUGAAUACAUUUAAAAAAGGUUAAUCGAGGAAAAUGUUUUGUUUAAAUAUCUCAUUGUGUUGUUCUAUAGUUGUCUUCUACUUUUUAGUACAAAUGUGUUAAUCAUUUCUACCUUGUGCCAUUAGGAAUUAUAAUAUUGAGCUACUUUAUCCGGCCAAACAUCAGGAAUAAUUGCACAUGAAUGCACUUCAUUUUUUUAAAGCCCUAAUUUAAUGUUUUGUUAGGAGUUCUAGCACUGAAGGAAACUGUCCAGAAUUCUGCAAACCUGUGCAAAACUGACCUAUAUUAAAGGGAAUAUCCUAAUAGUUUUGUUAAUGAUAUGCCUUGCUUAGGAAUGGCUUGUAGAAGGAUGAUCACACUGGGUUGUUCCGUAUUACGUAGCAGUACAUAACAUUUAAAGCAGAGAUUCUCAAAUUUGGCCCUCCAUAGGUUUUGGAACUGCAUUUCCCAUGAUGCUCAACCAGCUGAUAUGCUGGCUGAGCAUCAUGGGAAAUGUAGUUCCAAAACCUCUGGAAGGCCAAGUUUGGAUGUCUGAUUUAAAGGGAUAAUUAGACCCCUAAAGUUAUGGCCUGUAACUAUCAUAUGCAGACAAUGACUCUGUCUUAUGCAGGUGAGUCUGCUUUGCUGGCUUCUUAAUGAUAGACUGACCCUGCCUGCUGUCUAUGUCCUGCCUUUUUCAAUGUGUUACUUUCAUAAUGGAUUUAGUAUUCCAUAAGUAUGAUUAAUCCAACUGCCCAUGUCUUUGUUUUGUGUUUGGUCUGAGCCACAGCUUGUAUGUUUCUGUAGAAAUAAAAUGUACAUUAAAGGGUGUCGCAAACAACAAAACAA